AUGUCCAGUUUCGUGCGCACCAUGCACCUCUUAUCCGCUCUUUCAGCAUCACUCACUCUCGUUUCCUUAUCACACGCCAGUCCGAUCAUAUUACCAGAGCUGAAUGAUCCGACGUUCACUUGCCCGAGAAAUCAGAACGUGGGACUAUGUUGUCCCGCUGAUGUCCGCUCCAAUGGUGGAGUGGAAGACUGUCUUGUCGCUAUACAGAUGGUGCGAAGAACUCGCAAUCCUAUUGAGAGCUUCGCACCUUCUCCCAAUCAUGAAUGCCCGACUGGGCUAUCCAGCAUACCAGUAUGCUGCAGAUCAAGCUUCGCAACACAACAAACUGGCGAAGCAACAAUUAAUGGCCUGAACUGCGUCAAUGCCGAACUACCAAAGACCUACCUUACCCGAAGAUACUCAAGAGUGGCACACCUCGAAAGACCGAGUGCGACGCUUGCAUAUACCAGAUCGCCGCGACAAGCGGCAGAAUCACGAAUUGAACCACGAACAAUUGAACCACGAGCGAUUGAGCCGCGAAGGCUAGAACCACGAAGACUCGAGCCCCGGACGCUCGAUAGUCUCACGCAAUCAGAAAGCGACGAACCAAAAACAACGCCCGCAACACUAGACGACGUCGCCAAAAUCGCCAAACGCCUCGAAACCAUCGUACGCGACUCUCUCAUGGAAGUCGACGUCAAAAGACUCGCCGACUGCGAAGACAUCUCAGUAGGAUUUUGCAAAGCUCGCGUACAUCCAGAAGUCCGCAGUGACAGUGACAACAACGCCGAGCCAAAAGAAGAAUACAAAUUAAUGGCACGAAAAGCCGCUCUCGAUGCCCUGACUGAUGGAAGGCUGCCUGAAUUCGCCGAGCGCUCCGAGCUUACGAGCUCAUUGGAUGCUGCUGGUGGUUUGAGCGCCCGGGAUGCAGGGAGGAUUGCCAGCGCGGAGCGCAGGCUGAGAGUGAGACUUGAUCAGGCGAUUCGGGUUUCGCAGCUUGCGGAGGAGACGAAAAAGGAGGGGAAAGAAGGGAGUCAGACAGAAGAUAUUGAGGACGAUGAUCAGCCUUCUGCUGUGCUGAGAAAGAGGAGUGUGGCGUAUCAUGAUAAAGGGCCGCAUUUUGAGACUUUGUCGGAGACUGUGGCGAGGGAUUUGGUUGAUCCUUUGACGGAGAGGCCUCAGAGACGGCAUCUUAGUGGGUUGCAUGAGUUGAAGCAUGCUGAUGCGUGGUGGUAUCCCUGA